AUGUAUGGCAAUAACAAUAAUAAUAAUAAAAAAGUAACGGUGAAAGCGUGUAAUAAAAAUAAAAAAGAUUCGCGCGAUACUGAUAAUAAUUGGUACAAGCCGAUCGAGAUAAUCGGUCAGGGUUCGUACGGCACCGUGAUGAAAUGCCUAGACAAACGGACAGAUGAAAUCGUUGCGAUUAAGAAAAUAACCGAAUCGAUUGUUAACCAGCCCGAUGCAUUGCGCGAAUUCAUCAUACUCGGUAGACUUAAAAAACACGAUCACGUGAUCAGUCUGUUGAACAUUUUCCGCAAAAAGACAUUUUUCUACAUCGUUUUCCCGUACGUCCAGUACAACAUGUUUGAUUACAUGAUUGAGUUCUAUCCGGACGGCUUUGGCUACCUUAUGACAAAGGAGUUUAUGAUUCAAGUAAAUAUGUUCUAAAUAGGGUAACAAUUUAUAUGCAAAUGCGAGGAUAAAGUUUACCCACUAUAUUAAAUGUUUUAAUUUUUAUUUUUAGUUAAUCAGAGGUGUUGAUUACAUACACGAAAAGAGCGUGGUGCACCGGGACUUGAAGCCACAAAACAUACUAGUGACCGGAGACGGUGUGGUGAAAAUUUGUGACAUGGGCAUUUCGAGAAUCAUAUGCCCGCCAUCGUUUAACGCGGACUUAACGGUAACGCCCGAAAUGGGCACUAUAUGGUACCAGGCGCCGGAAGUCUUAAUAGGAUUACAAAAUUACGGUACCGAAGUCGACAUUUGGUCUAUAGGUGAGCUAACGUUUUAUCGUUUUUAGAUCGAAGCGGUUUUACCAUAAGGUGUAUUUUAGAUUCAGAGCGUAGUGAUGAAUGCAUUGGUUUUACAAUGAUGUUUAUUUUAUUUUUCUGUAAGUAGGUAAAUAACUUUUAUACCAGACAUUUGGCUCUAAUGAUAUACUUUUUCUGAAAGAUAAAAAAAAGGUUAUCUGAAAGGUAAUUUUUUGAUUUUUCAAGGGAGUUUUAAAAAAAAUUGAAAACACCCGGAAAGUUAAAAUUGAUUAAUAUUAACGGCAAUCCGGGGCCCCGAUUUAAUUAUUUUAAUUUUUGCAAACGAUGUUUACUACUAGAAAUUACCAAAAUCGUAUAGAGAAUGUGGUGAAAUAUUCCAAUUGAAAAAUGAUAGAGAAAGUCAUUUUUUGAUAUUUCAAUAGUAGUUUUCAUGAUAUAAUUGGGCAAAAUCAAUAAAGACAAAAAAUACAAUUUUUUAUUAACAUUACGACACAACGAUGUCAUUGUUUAAAAUUGUUUAAGAUUAUAUUUUUUUACCGGAAAUCUUUGCUCAAAUUUCAAGAAUUUAUAAUUUUAACUUUUUAUUUUCUGAAAGAAAAAUUUGUUUAGUUUAUGAUUAAGAAUGUCAUUGUUUGAUUAUCCGUAGUUUUCCUAAUAAUUACGAAAAUCCGGCGAAAAACGUAGGAAACACGGCAAAAUGUACGGAAUUGGUUUUUUUUUUGUUGUUAUUCGGCCAAAAUUAUUGUAGAGACCUGUAGUUUUCAUAGAAAUACUUAUAUUAUCCUUUUGUAGACGUGAUUAAAUUUUCAAAAAAUUCUUGCUAUUUUUAGGUACAUAUAACAUUUUUUUGUUACAUAUUAUAUGUAUUUUUUUUUUCAUAGUUAUCUAUUAUUAAAAUUAUAUGGCUUAAGAGAAAUGCUUGCAAAUUUAAUACCAGGCAUAUUAUAAGUUGUACCUAAUGGUCUAAAAAACAAAUUUGAGUUGAUUCCUUUUUUUUUUUUUUGAAAAGCGUGUUUUAGAUCAAAUUUUGACGAAAAUUGUAAAAAUUACGGCAUUUCAAAAUUUAUUAAAUAUUUUACCGAACUUCAUUUUCGUUAGCAAUGGUAUAUCAUUGCGUAUAGAUAUGAAUUAAAUAACUGUAUGUAUCCUAACUUCUCAACAUCCCGCCUACAUCAGUGGCUGCACUCGUCCCCAGUAUUAGCUUAUUUUUCUUUGAUAUUUGUGUAGUAAGUGAUUUAUACGAGCAGUGUUGGGCAAAAUGGCUAUAGGUACUUACAGGUUUAAAAAUGUAUAAGUAUGCAAAAUAAAUAACACUUUUUUGAGGGGAUAUAUUUGAACUGGGUAUACGUUAUCUUACAUUUUUACGUUCUAUGUUUUCUACCAGAAGUCUUGCUCCAAUCGAUAAAUUAGCUUUUUUUUUGAAUUUCAAGCCUAGUUUGUUAGCAAGAAAGUAAUGUUUCAAUUUUUCAACCUGUUUUCAUAACAAUUGAGAAAAAUCGGUAGAAGUACGGGAAAGUUUAUAGCAUUAAUAGUCUCGUUAUUUUUGUUUUCGGUUUUAUAUUUUUAAUCAGAUAAAUACAUACAAAUUAUGGUAAAGACUACAAUGUCCAUAGAAUUACUUAUAUUAUAGUCCUAUUUAUACGAGACAACAUUUUAAUUUAAAAAUAUUUUGGCGAUUUCUAAGCUUUUUGUAGGAAUAUUUUUUAGUUUUUAUUUGGUAAGUGCUAUGAGCAUAAAUUGCUUGACCAAAAAAAAAUUUUUGACAGUUUAACACGAGGUUUAUCAUGAGUUGUACUUAGUGGUAAAUAAAAAAAGAGUGUAAUGAAGUAGUUUUUGAUUCUGAGUGAAGCGAGGAAUGUAUUAUUUUUUUACUAUGAUGUUUUAUUUAUUUAUAUAUUUUUUUUUUUUAACUGUGUAUACAAUUUCUACCAGAAAUCUUGCUCCAAUUAUCAAGUGUAGCACCUUUUCAGAAAGGAAACUUGAUUUAAUUCGUACUCUAAGAAAAAGGUCAGUUUUUGAUUUUCCAAGGGGUUUCUAAAAUAAACUAUGGAAACUCGAAAAACGAAAGCAUUUUUUUAAUAUUGGCUAGUAUGAAUUUUAAUAGUAUAGAAUAAAAUAUUACUUGUCUAUUCAGGAAAAUCUCUGAAAGAUUGUAACAAUUGCAUUGGGACUUUCACGCGGAUUUAACAUAACCUUUCACUGCAAGCAUUUUCGGGAGCAAAGUAUAGUAAUUUGUAUUCCGGAUAAUUCAAUUCUUAAAGAGUAGAUGAAACUUAAUUUUUGAUUACCUUGUUGACACAGAUUAAGAAACUUAAAAACCGUUAUUAUUAGUUAAUUUGGUUGUAACGACCAAAAAAAUAUAUUUGUAAUGAUGAUAUAUUUUAGUGACGUUAAACGGGGAUUCAAGGGGAAACAUGAUUUUACUUUUUUUCACAAUUGUUUCGUUCAAUAUUGACAUGGGAAAAGCCCGCGAUAGUGCUACAAAUACUAUAAUAUUAUAUUAUCUCCUUGUUAACUAAAUCAAUAAACGUAUAACUGUGUACUGUGACUAUAUGGACACAACGGCGAUAUAAAUAACGAAAUAACAAAAUACUCUAACCGGAUAAACAAAAUAAUAUAGAUAGGAUACAGUAUGUCCUGUAUUUUAUUUAUCACUAAAUAUCUCAGCCUAAUGAUCUUAGAUUGAAAUGGGGUUUUCUGGAGGUGAUGGGGAAUACCCAAAUGUACACUAAGAAGUAAUUUUGGGUUUUUUAACCCUUUCAAAGUGCGCAAGUGUAAUGAAAACUACUUUUUGUAAUGGAAACAUUUAUUUUUGUCGUUUCAGAAAAUAAGCUACACUUGGUACAUAGAAACAAGAUUUCUGGUUUUUUGGAACUUUUGUUUGCAAAACAAAUCGAGGGGUAUUUUAUGAUUAAAAUAGUCCGAGCAAGCAAUGGCUCGCGUAUCUAGUUACACCUAAAAUGCAUUUGUUUUUUUCUUGUUUAAGUAAAGGGAUAACACGGGUGCGAACUCGCGGACCUUAAGAUGAAUAUGAAAAUAGGUAUGCAUAACCCCAUUCAACUACGACAAACAUACUAUAGAGAAGACAAUAUUUAGUUAUUUAAUAUAAUAAUAAUAAUACUCGCAUAAUAUCAGAACUUCAAAAAGCUAUAAUUUUGAAACUUAGUCAAUCCGCUUAAUUUUUACUUUAUUAUCGUUAUUAAAUUGGAAAUAUACAUAUGUUCAAAAAAAAAAAAAAAAAUAUUGAAAAAUCAGAUUUGUUCCACAUCAUUUUUUACUCGAUUUUUAUUCAAUUUUUUGUCAAAAUUUGAUAUUAAAAUUUCUUUAUAAAAAAUAAUACCUACCGAAUAAAAGUUAGGUACGAAACUCGUAAAAUUAAAAUGUUUAUUAAUAGUUCAAAAAUGGUUUAAAUUUAUGUAAAUAAUUUUAACCUGUCUAGAAAAAGCAAAUAUAAAUUUCAAUUCCCCAGAGUUGAUAUGAAUAUUUUUAACCAAAUUUAAACAAAAAUAUUGAAAUUUUUAUAAAAAGCUUAAAAAUGGCAAAAAUGUAUCGAAAAUUACACCCUGUUUAGAAACGUUUUCUUUCCAAAUUUUAAGUCUCUACGUAUAAUUUUAACUGAAUUACAAAAAAUAACAAAAUUGAUAAAUAAUAUAAUAAAUAAAAGCAUUAUUUUUGUAAAUUUUUCGUUUUUUUUUACGUUUUAUCUUGGUUUUUUCACAAUAUUAGGAAUACCGCUUGGAAAAUCAAAAAAUUACUUCCCAAAAGUACCAUCUGGAUAACAUUUCUUUUUAGAAAUGGUGCCACGCGUAUAUAUCUGAGCAAGAUUUCUGGUAGAAUUUUUGUACACAGAAUAAAAAAAUAUAAUAAUAAUAAUUUUAGUAAAACCAAUACAUUCUUCAUUACACGCAGAAUCUAAAAUUUCCAUUCAGAAUUAUUAUCUUUAUUAUUUUACUGAACUCCAUUAGAUAGAAAUUAUUUGUCAAAUCACCAACGGCAUUUGAAACUAUAUAGUAUUUAUUUCUAACCAAUGGCAAGAACAUUAUUGAUCGUGGUUUAUUCAAAACCAUUUUAGGUAUGAUAUUCAUAGAAUGGAUGAUCGGUGAUCCAUUUAUCAAAAAAAACACCGCCAUGAAACAGUACAAAUCAAUCAUCAAACAAUUCAGUAUAUCGACCAGGGAUCAAAAGUUUAUGAACGAAAAACUUAAAGAAAUUAAUAGGGUUUAUUCUAUAAACUAUAUAACAACUCGUAUAUCUGAAAAUACUGUUGAGGCGCUUACAAGGCACUAUCCUAAUUGGCCGAUUGAUUUAAUCGAAAUAGUUUCAAAAUGUGUCCAAUUCAAACCAUCCAAACGAAAAACAACGAAAACGUUGUUGAACGAAUCAUAUUUUGUGAAUGGGAACUUUUUAAAAGUAUUUUCAUACGAGUUGAAGAACAAAUUAAAGUAA